AUGGUUAACAUCACCCCCAAGCAUAAGGUAAAAUUGUUAAAGGAAAUUAAGUGUCUAAAAAGCCUGCGACAUCCCAACAUCCUUUAUCAUUUCGGGGUGGAUUUUACUCGAUCACUUCUUGUCACCGAACUACUGGAAAAGGAAAUCAAAAUUGAGGGAGAGGUCACGAAGGUCCAUAACGCAAGAGAAUUACUGGACCUCCAUGAACUACAACCAGUGCCUUGGUCCAUUCGCUUGCAUAACAUGCAUGGGGUGACCUCUGGACUUGCAUUCCUUCAUAACCAUAACAUCGUCCACUGUGAUCUCAAAGCAGCAAAUGCAUUCAUCGGCGACGACGGAGAGGGAAAAUACAAGGUGAAACUAGGCGACUUUGGUAUGGCUCGGUUUGAUUUCGAACAGUUUUCCGUAUCAAUCUUGCCUUCUAAUAAUGAUGUUGUCAUGGGUACCGCAGCAUACACAGCACCUGAACUUCUGCAAAGAGGGACAAAACCAUCCUUUCAAAGCGAUAUGUACAGCCUCGGGAUGGUUAUGACGGAAUUCAGUUUGCCAGAUCGCUCAACUCCUUGGGAGGGAGAACUUGCUAAUUCCGCUCUCAACUAUGACUACAUACGUAAAGGAGAACGACCAGCUGUUACUGAGGAAAACUUAACAGGGUUGAGUGACGACAGUGCCAGACAGUGGAUGAGGCUUCUUCGUGCCUGCUGGGAUCAGGAUCCUUCCAAGGGACCAUCGGCAACAGACGCUCAUCAUGCGAUGAUGUCUAUUUGUGGUCCGGAACCAGGGAAUAACUACAAGACGUUUGAACAGUGGAGUGACGAAAAUCCAGAUACACUGUUUGUACCACUGAGUAAUCAUCAGGGAAUGGCAGUGGAGCUCAUGGAUGAGGCCGUUAGCUCUUUUACUUCUCAGAACAAAUCGAUAUCAGAAGAUCUUAAAAUGACCUUGCAAGUAACUUUCAAGCAAGCGAUGGAAGCAAUUCCUGCGUCUAUCUUUGCACUAAAAUCGCCCACGAACUCCUCAAAUGUGAAGAAGUUUCUGCUCAUAAAAUAG